CUGGUGUGUCAACAGUAUCCGCUAGGCAGUUUAGCAUCAGGCUGGACGGGAAGCUAAGCUAUAGAAACCUCUGUCGUGUUGUUUUGAUUAUGUGUUGAGCUUUAGUUUUCUGAAGCUGCAGCCGGUCAAGUCUCUAACUGGAAGGUCAAUUCCAAUGAUGCAGUUCAUGCUGCUGUUCAGCCGGCAGGGGAAGCUGAGGCUUCAGAAAUGGUAUGUCCCUCUGUCUGACAAGGAGAGGAAGAAGAUCUCCAGGGAUCUGGUCCAGACCAUACUAGCCAGGAAGCCUAAGAUGUGCAGCUUCCUGGAAUGGAGAGACCUCAAGAUUGUGUACAAAAGAUAUGCCAGUCUGUAUUUCUGCUGUGCUGUCGAGGAUCAAGACAAUGAGCUGAUCACUCUGGAAAUCAUUCACAGAUAUGUGGAGCUACUGGACAAAUAUUUUGGCAGUGUGUGUGAGCUGGAUAUCAUCUUCAACUUUGAGAAGGCCUACUUCAUCCUGGAUGAGUUCCUGCUGGGCGGAGAAGCUCAGGAAACCUCCAAGAAGAACGUGCUGAAGGCCAUCGAGCAGGCCGACCUGCUGCAGGAGGAAGCCGAGGCACCGCGGAGCGUGUUGGAAGAAAUCGGGCUGACAUAGAUUACGCUGCCGCCUCUCGCUGUGUCCCACAGAUGCAGAUCUGUCCACAUCCACGUCUUUGUGUCCUUUCCUGUCCACAGUGUUGGUGUUGUAUGUAUAUAAUCGGCAUCAUUGUACUGUAACGAUCAUUCGGUGUGGUGCCAAAUGUAGUGUUUUUGUGUCUCCGCUGUCCCGACUUCCUGUAAAGUAUCCCAUAGUGUUUCUCCCAACCUCUUGACUCAACAGAGAGUAAAUGUAGCACUAACGUCACAACUCCAGCAUGUUUAGAUCCUCCGUUGAUCACUGUUUGCAGAAUUAGUAAUUAAGACUUUAAGUGCUGCUGUUGCCUCUUGCAUACUACAAACACCAGGAAGGUUAACGCCGCGCAAAGCUGUUCUUUAGGCAUUUUCUGAAUCCUCGGCUGUACAAAUUUUUCGCCAUUACAAAGUCCUGGUCUUUUCGGUUUUCGCUACAGCAAAGUAACUCAAUUCAGCAAACUUUGGGGAGGGUGUGGUUUAAAAUCAUUUGACCACUACAUGUGCAGUCUUGGUAAUAAAUCUUAUUGCAAAAUGCAUUUGUUGGGUUUAAAUGCUUGUCUCAAAGAACAUGAGAAGUUUCCAUUUUGUGCCUUUUUUUUUUUAGAUAAAAUGCAGACACUCCAUUGGAAAGUAUUCCUGUAGUAUGAGGCAUUCAACUUAAGUCAGUAUUCCAGUACCCUUUGUACCUGGGUAGAUCACAGCAUCAGUAUUGUUUUGUGUUCAUUUGGACUUUUCGCAGAUAUGAACUGUUUACAUAUGUUGAACUUUGUGGUCUUUGAUUUUGCUGCGGCUCGCUAAGCUUUCUGUUCUCUGUAUUGCUGUUUUCAUCAUGUGUGGAUCAUAGCUCCUUUCUGAAAGGGUUCAAGUGAAAUAUGUUACAUUUUUGAGAUCAAUCUUCACAGGGUCUCUUCUCCAAGUCUACAGGACAGGAUAGUGACUUAAAAAAAAAAAAAAACAGCUUCAUAACCACUGAUAAAAGGUUUGGCUCAUUCUUCGACUCACCUGUGACCAAAGAACACUGUGUUUAACCUUAAUGGUGUCUAAAAGGGAAUGCCAGAAAAAAGGGACUUGUGGGCACUAUUUGAUUACAGAUGACUGUAUUUUAUAUUCCUAUCUCACAACUAUGUAAACUUUGUGGAAUAGUAAUUGUGAGCAUACGAGAUGCAAAGAUAUCCAAACAGGUGUUAAAUGCAGAAGAACAAGAUGGAUGCUCAUCUUAGGCGAUGCGCGUUUCUUUUCUGCAAUCUCGACCCCAUUAUUGAACAAAACCAUCUUUGAUUUGAGCUGAAUGACUUGUUUUAUAUUUAACACUGCCAACAGUUUUUCUUAAAUCUGAAACAAUAAAUGUAUUCAAGGACAA